CCCUGUAGUUCAAUGUGGCUGUGGGUUACAAACAAGUUCAAACAUGAGUUACUGGUUUAAAUCAUAACUGGUCUCAUCAAAAACCAACUCCUAUUAUAGUGUCACUCGAUUUGAUCAAAUGGUGUAGUGAUUCUUAGCUAUCAGCAGAUGGCAAUAGGAGCCAACUGAGGGGUCAGUCUAUAAUUCAUCCCCAGGGGGAGGGGAGUUUAUUUUCAAGAGAAAUUGCUUUGUCUAAUAGACUUCCCACAGUAUCUAGGCUACAUUAACUUUCCUCCCGAUUUUCUCUAGCAGAGUCACUGUUCUGUUUGUAUUCUCAGACGGCAGUGAGUUUAUUGGACUAUCAAUGUAAUCCAGGAUGGCAUGCGGCGGUUUAACUAAAAUCUAACAGACCUUCUGGAUACUUGGAAGUAACUUGUAAGACAAUUGUAUUUUGUUUGAGGGUAUCCUCCACAAUUACGUUCUGAGUAUAGUACGGCUACAUCUUACCAAGAACAAAACAUGACGCUUGACACCUUUUCUCUCUACUCUUCCCUCGUCGUGCAGGAAAGCUAUUGACUGAAGGGGAAGUAGGUAACACACUAACGUGUCAGAAAUGCUGUUCUUACCUUUAGCUCGUGUGGGCCAUUAGGAACUGGGCAUAAAUGGACAACUGACUCAGGCUUUAAAUAACCCAUGAUCACAUAUUUGGGGAUAAUUUCUACCAGUUCUAACCCGAGCUGUUUCGCAAACGAUCCGAUUUCAGCGCGCCACGACCCAAUGCCCAGUGGUUGAACUGCAGAGAGAACUUGAACACAAACUGGAUUUUGAACUCAACCAAAGAGUUUGACUAUGCAGUCACAUAGCAGAUCACUCAUCACUUGACGGCAAUUUUCAAUCACAUCUGAAUGACAGUCCAUUGCACGGGCGAACGAGGCUGCAUAAAAAUGGCAUCUCUGGAGAAGCGCUUCUCCGGGGCUGUGGAAACAAAUAAUGGCCUCAAUCGUCUUGCUCUUGUGCAACAGGCUUGUUACCAAUGCGGACGAAGGCCAUUUCAACGCAGAGUGGUGGUUGCGGAGGUUUGGCUACCUGUCUCAAGCCAGCAGACAGAUGUCAACCAUGCAGUCCUCUCAAAUUCUGCCCAAUGCCGUCAGUGACAUGCAGCGCUUCUAUGGCCUAGAGCUCACUGGAGAGAUGGACCCUGCCACACUGAAGGCCAUGAGAAGGCCUCGCUGUGGAGUCCCAGACAAAUCUGUUGAGCAGGCUGAGAAUGGUGUGAGGCGGAAACGCUACGCUCUCACUGGCCAGAAGUGGGACAAGAACCUUCUGACUUACAGCAUUAUGAACACCACCCCAAAGGUUGGUGAGGUUUGGACACUGGAGGCCAUCCGCAGAGCUUUCGAGGUGUGGGAGCGCGUGACUCCACUGAGCUUUGAAGAUGUUGCUUUCCAAGACAUCACUAACAGCAGCCAGGACACGCUAGAUAUCAUGCUGUUGUUUGCAUCUGGUUUCCAUGGAGACAUGUCUCUGUUUGAGGGCGAGUGGGGGUCUCCAGCUCAUGCCUACUACCCAGGGUCUGGGAUGGGCGGAGACACGCACUUUGACGCUGAUGGACCCUUGACAACCACGAUCCAUCAGUUUCGCACCGGUGACAGCGACUACCGGAAACCUGUCUCCAGGUGGGGCAAGGUCCCAUCCUCUCCUAAAGGAGCCUUCCUCAGCGAUGAUGGCGCUUACACAUACUUCUACAAGGGCUCCAAGUACUGGAGGUUUGAUAACCAGAAGAUGAAGGAUGACCCAGACUACCCCAUAUCCAGCGUGGACCCAGAUACAGAUGACACAGUUACAGGCCGCAAGUGGCCAACAGUGGACCAGCCAAAACCACAACCAUCAGUUGGCUCAGUCCCGGAUGAGGUGGACAGAGAGACCAAUUAGGAUUACACCAACGAUGUGGAUUAUGAACCUGAUGCGAAGGACAAAGGGGUGGAUGUGGUGGUGAGGAUGGCUGAGAACGAGGCCAAGGUUAUCACCCUGAUCAUAGUGACCGUGCCCCUGGUCCUGGUGCUGUUCAUCCUCUAUAUCUAUGCUAUUAUCAACACCCUGCAGAAGAAAGAGGCGCCCAGACUUUUGGUCCACUGCAAACGAUCCCUGCAGGAGUGGGUUUGAUCUGCUCCAGAAAUGGAUUCACACACACGCAAACACAUACACACACCAUACAUAGGCACAUUCCAUUUGAACACAUAUGUACACACAAGCAUUACAUAACAAUACAAGCACACAGUUUCCCUAUCUUUCCUCCAUGGUGCUUUACCCGAUCUUGAUUUAAGCCUGUUUAUAACAAACAAUAUGCACUUUUAACGUCCUGUGUUUAGAUUUUUGUUAGUUGCGGUUGUAGUUUAAAGCGUGUUUAGCUACAGAUUUCCGUGAAUGUCCUUAUAAAACAGAGUGGUGGUGCGUGAAUGUCUAACAGUUGUGUGUUCUGUAAACACAAGACCACCGUCUCCCACUGUGUCUUUCCUCUAGUCUACCCACUCGACCACAACAGCCCAGACUUUAUCCACAAAGGGGAAACAUUUGAUAGACUCCCUCGGGCGAGAUUAAAUGCAGGGGUUAUUAUCAUAUACAUCGUGCACAUAUUUAGGAAGGGUUAAAGCCUGCUAGAACAGAGCUGGGUCUGGGUUACAUUUCCCAGGGAGGGGUUAGGAGGCAUGCCAGCAUUUCCUUUGCCCAAGUUAGAGUUCUCUUUUCUUAGGAGGGAGGCAAGGGGAGACGAGGAGGGAAGGAGGUGGGACGAAGGGGUGGGAGGGAGGUGGCACGAAGGGAAGGGUCGGAGCUCCAUUGGCAUUGUGCUUCAUGAACUAGAUUAACGAGUCACACUCCUAUUUUUUCAUACUUUUUUCCAAAGCGGUUUGGCUGUAGAUAUCUUCCUGUGGGACUCCCCCUCUCCCAUGCUGUCAUGUUUCACUGUAGACAUACUCCAUCUGCAGUCUCUCUUUAUCUGGGAGUCUGCUCUCCACUGUCUGCCUAGGAGAGGCUUUAAUGCUAAUCUGUGAUGAUAUGUCACAUGGGUUUGUGAUGAGAACAGUUUGUAUUCAUUUUGAACUUAACCAUAAGUGAUGUCCUACAAAUCUUCUUGUCAUUUAAAGAAAUGGAAAUGCCCCUCUUUGCACCCUCUCCCUUUGUUACCAACUCUUUGUGUGCCAACUUCUCUCAUUCAGAGGCCAAAUACUUUUUAUAUAACACCCAGAGUGCAAUUGUUGUAUUGUGCAAUUGACAGAUGAAGACCAAUAGUUAAAGGUUUCUCCUCAGCAAAGACACUAUCACAUGUAAAAAACAAUGGUCGAAUAUACUUCAGGUUUGUGGUCAAUUUUGUAUCAACAGUGUUCUGUCAUUUAUUGUUUGUGUUUUGUAUUGGUUGGCUGUUGGAGAGGAAGGAAUACUUAAAAUUGUAGUUGUACAAAAAUGUUUUUAUUCCAGUUUUUAACAUUUGUACAUUUGUAAUGUGCUCUCUGUCCGUUAGCAGAGUUCAAUGAUGCAUGCAGGACAUGCUCUGUAAAGCUUUUACACAAAUAUAUAAAUAUUUUGCAAUAAAACAUGAAUUAAGGCAAA